ACACCAACCCAUCACCCGGACAGCAAACAUCAUGGAAAUCCAACAGUGGGAGACUAUAGUUAAGAAGAAGCAAGUCGAAGCAGCUGCGAAGAUUCCCCUGGCAUGGCGGCUGCCAGCUGAGUUCACGGCCAACAUAUCCGAGAAAGCCUCGAAUAACGUGCUCGACGUGCCUCGCAAGUGUGGCUUGCUAUCUCCAAGGCAGCUAGACAUUACUGAGAGCUAUGAUGCCACGGCAUUGUUGGAGCAGAUUCACUCCGGCAAAUUCACCUCGCUUGAAGUCGCUGAGGCAUUUUGCAUUCGUGCAGCUAUCGCACAGCAACUGACAUACUGCUUGACGGAAACAUUCUUUGACCGAGCAUUAGAACGCGCAAAAGAGCUGGACGACUACCUUCAGUCCACGGGCAAGGUCUGCGGACCUCUGCACGGGUUGCCCAUUAGUCUGAAGGACUGCUUCAAUAUCAAAGGCGUCCCCAGUACUCUCGGACUCACAUCAUUUGUCGCCCACGGCCCCGUCCAAAACAAUUCAGCCGUUGUCCGGAUUCUUCUCGAACUAGGCGCCGUGCUCUACGUCAAAACCAAUCUUCCUCAGGGAAUACUCGCCGGUGAAUCUCACAACCACAUCUUCGGCCGAACACUCAACCCCCAUCGAUCCAACCUCAGCGCGGGCGGUUCUUCUGGUGGCGAAGGGGCAUUGAUCGCCAUGCGCGGCUCGAUUUUGGGCGUGGGCACCGACAUUGCCGGAUCGGUUCGCAUCCCAGCCAUUUCCAACGGCACCUUUGCUCUGCGACCAUCCAUCGAUCGCAUUCCAUACGGCGGGCAGACAGACUCGGCCCGUAAAGGUCUUUCGGGCAUCAAAUCCUGUGCCGGGCCGUUGGCCACAUCGGUUCGAGACCUGGGCUUGUUCACCAAGUCCGUCAUCGACAUAGAUCCCUGGCAAUUCGACUCGUCCGCUAUAUUUUCAACAUGGCGGACUGUUCCGGUGAAGCCGAAACUGCGUCUUGGAUUUGUCCUCGAGGAUCCCCACUUCCCGGUCCUCCCUCCGGUUCUCAAUACGCUGACAUGCGCAGUCACUGUUUUGAAAGAAGCAGGACACGAGGUGAUCAAUCUCGAUAUCCCAUCAAUCAGAGACGCCACUCUUCUCGCUUUCCGCACAUUCGCCAUGGACCCGGCUAGCACUGCCUUGACUCACAUCAAAGCGAGCGGCGAGCCGAAUAUCCCCGCCCUAUCCACAACAAUCCUACCGAACGAAGGCAUGCCAUAUGAAUAUGUCCCGCACACACUUGAGAGCCUGUAUGAUCUGAACGAGCAACGUGAAACUUUUCGCGAGAGCUUCCGGGAGGUCGUGCUUCAAAAUAAUAUCGAUGCGAUCAUUAUGCCGGGAUUGCAGGGGACUGCACCUCCACAUGAUAGUAUGGGAUGGGUACCAUAUACUGUUCUGGCUAAUGUUCUAGACUAUCCGGCCGUUAUCAUUCCGUAUCGAAAGGCCAACAAGGCCGACGAUGCCAAGUAUCUAAGAGAUGUUAAUUACCGACGGGCUUAUCUCCCAGAUGAGAUUGAAGGUGCGCCAUGCGCGGUGCAGGUCUUGGGUAGAACUAUGCGGGAGGAGGAGCUGCUUCGUGAUGCUGUUACUAUUGCAGAGGUUUUGGGUGUAUAGUGUUGUUCUAGCCCGGUGCAUCCGGUGCAGGUGGCAAUUCGAGCACGACUUGUGGCAAGUUAAAAAUAGACCAGUUUGUUAUGGAGGCUGUGAAUGUGAGG